AUGCAGCGCGCGUCUCAACGCAAAGUGGAAGAGUUCUUUCGGAAGACGCAUCACAAAAGUGUGGACGAUAUCGACGAACGGGAGCCGCAUCGCUGGACGAACCGCAAGACACGCGCGCGUACGACGGUGAUUCAAUGUGUGGACGACGCGGAGAAGAUGUCGCGUCAUUUCGACGGCAAGCCGGAGGCCAAGAUCAUCGAUUUGAAGAACUUGCGCCAUGGUGGCAAGCGCUCUGGGUGGCAUUUGGAGGACGAUGCGCGUCCGGUGCCGCAGCGUGAAGAUUCGUCAAAGCAGGCAGCGAUGGGGAUGACGACUGGGACCACAAGUACGGGCACUACAGCGACGCGAUCCAUGCCAUCUGACCACGUCUCGGGGCCUCUGCAUUACGUCAUUAGUCCGCAAGCAGCAGACGCCCAGAAGCCCAAAAUACUGGCGAAGAAGAAGACGAACACUGCUGGUGGUGGCGACGGAUUGGGCAGGCAUGGAGCAGCGGUGGGACGUCGAGCUGGCAACCUCUCGCUGACACCCUCACUGCCGCGGCUGUCGGCAAACGAGUCUCCUGCGCUCUCUUCGUCGCCUUUCGUCACGUCGUUUACGCCUUCGAGCGGAUUUGGGGCAAGUGACGGCAUGGGAAUCGGGAGAUCUCCGGGGAAAUCGCCAGUGGCUUUUGCUGGCACUGCGACUGGGUUCUUGUGGAAGGCUGGCAGUGGCUUUAACGGCUUUAAACGCUCUGCCGAUGCCCCGUUCGACGCGUCGCAAGUGUCGUACGCUCAGAGAUCCACACUAGCAGGACGUGUGCAGAGUUUAUCUGCGUCUCUGGCCAGUACUCUGCGCCGCUUCUUGCCUGGUCGAUAUGCUCAACAGCAGAGUACUACCGCCGGAUUGACGUCGCCUCAGUCGCAGUGUACAGCCCCAGCAGCGCUGCCACGAGGCUACGAUCACAAUGGCUUCUACGAGCUUCCGUUCAAGGUGCCGGGACUGAACAAACCGGUAGGACAACGGAAGGAAAAGACUGUGGAAAGUGAUCGUGCGUGGGUGCGGCAGUGGCUGAUCCUGGCGACGUGUGCAUUGCUUGGGCUGUCACUGGGUGCUAUCCUGGUUUCUGUCGUGAGUCCUAGCGCUACUGUGUUCAAUCUAUCGGCGAAUGAAGUUCGUGAAGGUCAAGCGAGCAAUGGGGAGAUGGUGGUUUCUACUGGAGGGAGGUGGCUGCUGCUGCCUGGACGUUUGUUUCUUCGCGUGUGGACUGCGGUGACUACAGUGCUGCUGUUGUGCUACGUAUCUACUGGUCUAGCGGAUCUGGUGGGCUGUGCAGAUAAAGCCGCGCUUGUGCUGAGCUUUCGGUCGCUUGGAUACGCAUUAGGUCUCGCAGGUUUGGCAGCUCUCGAAGGAGUCGUGGCGAUGUGGAUGACUCACAGCUUUGGAUGGUUUCGUGGAGACAGCGGCACGACCAGCACGGAAGGCUCGACGCUGUCUGAUGCUAUCGGAGCAACAUCGCUACCAAAGGGAAUAGUGGGGCUGUUGUGUGCUGGCGACAGCGAGUACCUGCAGCGACUGGGUCACGACGUGUUUGCGUGCUCCAAUGCGUCGCUGACUCUGCCUCUGUACGACGAGAUUGCCGUCGACUCGCCCGACAACGGGCCCGCUGUAUUCGGACUGCAAGAAGUUACGACGAUGUUGGCCACUCCGACGUCUGUGUCGUACUAUCCUGCAUCGCUAGGCUCAAGAGGAAACGUGACGCUCUCGUUGCUAUCAGCGCUGGCGCCAAGCAACGUGGCGUCGCAGUUUACGCCUGUGGAGCUGGAUGAACUGGCCUCGCUGAGUGGUUUGGUCGUCUUCGGUCUCUUGCUGGGCUACGUGUGUGGGAAGAGGAUGCUGAGCUUACGACGUGAUGCUCAAGCUGUGAUGUUCGAGUCUGUAGGAAGCGCUUCUACUCCCGACCCACACAAGGCUCGCCAUUACAUCAUUGGGAUUUUGAUGGAGCUGCAGCUUGUGCUGGAGUGGAUAGUGCGUCCUAUGGAGCGAUAUCUGGCGCCUCUGGGUUUCUUCUCGCUCAUGCUCGGACACGUAGUGGCUCACCAUCGGGAAUGGCGUUCGUUGGCGUCUCCCGUGUCGUCUCUGGUCGUUGGUGUGUUGAGUUUACUCCUCCUCCAUGCUGCACUGGUGCUGCCAAUUACGAUUAGGGCAUUCGCUCCGGCACUGCUGUUCGCGUUCACUACUGACAGCGUGGCUCUAACCGCUCCGGUCUCGAUGCAAUGUUACGCUCGAGCAAACACGACGACGCGAUCCGCCGCGCAGUUGGCCACCGCUGUGACAGCAGCUCUCUCUCGAAACGCUCGUGCGCUGUAUCUACCGCUUCUUGUUUUGUGGCUGCUGGAGACUUCAACGUCUGAUGAAGUGAGGGUGAGCUCAACGAGUUACUUUGCGGUGUGGCUACUGUCGCUGUUGAGCUCUUUCAGUGGCGGGAGCUCUCGCGUGACGCUGGCGAUGGCUCACACGCUGUGGGCUGUUGCUGUGAGGGAUGAUGCGUCCAGUGCUGCGAGCGUACUGCCACCUACGAUGCCACUUGUGAUGGUGUGCGACGUGAUGCUCUCGCGAGUGGCCAACGUCUUGACUGUGAUGGACCAAGUUGUACUCGCGCAGUUUAUCGCGCAGCACUGGGACGAGACAGUUGUGGGUGGCCACACAGCAACAAGGAACGACGACAGCAACGUGUACGUCGCCAGUCCCAGCCCCCUCGAUGACAGCCAAGCUCCUCGUCCUUCGUCCAGUGCGAUGCUCUCCUCCGUUUACCUGUAG